UUUCCCAAUCUUAAGCAAAGAGAUUUAAGCCACUCCUACAAUGCCUGACUCCAAAGCCCCUCGUCCUGAGACAUUCAGGUACAAUCAGCCAUUGUCUUUGAUGGAGUUGGUUGUGUGCAUCUUAGGAUUUUUGUGCUACCAUUUUAACCACAUGGCUGUCAGUUUAUAUUUAAACAGACCACCUGUCCUUGACUCUAGCCAUAUCUUGGUUCAGUUUCCUUCAAGUGACUAAAAUAGUAGCAUUUAUGCUCUUCUGAAGUUUAGAGUUCUUGACAUAAUAUGGUAAGUUAAGGUGUAUACGCAUGAAUGUGGAAGCUUGAUUUAGUAAAGGACUCCAGAGAAAAAGACAAGAUCAGAACGACUAUAUUAGAUGAGUCCAGAUGGCCAUCCGACACUAGGAAGGUGGACAAUGAACCACACCAGAGGAUGAGCGUCAUCGGGACCUGUCAUCUUAUUAUAUGGAGUCGUUUCGUUCGGACCUCGGCGUUUGGACGUGGUGUAGCUGGUCUAGAGCACCAUGGCUGAAGUGGAAUCAGGGAGCAACCAGAGGCAGAGUGAAGAAAUCGAGGCAAUGGCAGCCAUUUAUGGCGAGGAGUGGUGUGUCAUUGAUGAGGUUGCCAAAAUAUUUUGUAUUAGAAUCACUGACGACAUGGAUGACCCCAAAUGGACACUUUGUUUACAGGUGAUGUUACCAAAUGAGUACCCAGGUACAGCGCCACCUGUUUAUCAGCUGAAUGCUCCUUGGCUGAAAGGGCAUGAACGCGCAGAAUUAGCCAAGAGCCUUGAGGAGAUCUAUAUGAAGAACAUUGGUGAAUGUAUUCUUUACCAGUGGGUGGAGAAAAUAAGAGAUGCCCUGAUACAGAAAUCUCAGAUCACAGAGCCAGGCCCAGAUGAAAAGAAGAAAACUGAAGAGGAAGAAGUUGAGGCUGAAGAUGACCCCAUUCUAGAACACCCACCAGAAAAUCCAGUUAAAACAUGGGACCUCAAAAUCAGUGACACUGCACCAGAAGUGCAAGCAGACGAAUUGCCUCCAAUUUCUCAUGGUGUCCCUAUCACAGACCGAAGGAGCACUUUCCAGGCACAUUUGGCCCCUGUUGUCUGCAUUGACCAGGUGAAGAAGGUUCUUGCCAAGUUGUAUGAGAAUAAGAAGAUCGCCAGUGCCACCCACAACAUCUACGCCUACAGGAUAUACUGUGAGGAUAAACAGACCUUCUUGCAGGACUCCGAAGAUGAUGGAGAAACAGCCGCUGGCGGCCGCCUUCUUCACCUUAUGGAGAUUUUGAAUGUGAAGAAUGUCAUGGUGGUGGUAUCCCGCUGGUAUGGAGGGAUCCUGUUGGGACCUGAUCGUUUUAAACACAUCAACAACUGUGCCAGGAACAUCCUGGUGGAGAAGAACUUCACAAGCUCCCCUGAGGAUUCAGCCAAGAGCUUUGGAAAGAAGAAAGUGAAAAAGGACAAGAAGAAGGGUGACCAUUAAUCCUUGAACCUCUGUAGAAGGUUCAUUGUCCGGCCACUGUGUUCACAUUUCCCAGUGGUCAGUGUAUAUUAAGAUAGCACACUGACAGCUCAAGUCAGCCAGUUCAUCGUGGUUACACCAGCAUCGUGUUUCCUUCCUCCUCUGGUUCUACCGUUCGCCAGAACCAGAGGGUCUAGGACAUAUUCACUUGUGUUUCUCAUUCUUCGGGAGAACUGCUGUGAGCUUAUUUGCCAUUUCAUAUAAUAAUACUAGGAAGUGACACGUGCACAGUGUCAUUCCUGAGCUAAAUGUCCAUUUCAGUAUUGUCAUGUGCCUUUGUUAGGUGGGGAAGACGUGUCUCCAGAGGAAUAGAAAUGCCGCAUUUCUUGUGAUAAAAAUUGUCAUGCUGUUAAAUGAACAUUGCUUUCACUGCUCCCAAUAGCUUUUCAGAGUGGGAGCACACUGAAGAUGGCAGUCUUGGGGAGUCUUUUUUCUUGUGAGUUCACGAGUUAGUCACGCUUCCUUUUCUAGUAUUCACCAUGGAGUAAUAGUUUACGUGAAAACCCAGGAGUACUCAUCUGUGACCAUGUGCCAAGUGAUAGUUUAGCAUAUUUGCCUGUCCCAAGUGUUACUCCUCAGUUUCGUUGCAAAUUGGUGAUGUGAAAUCUCAAAAAGUUAUUGUUUUUAGUCGCUGCCUUUUGUUGUUUGAUUCCUGUAGUGACACAGUGAGCAUUCAGUCUCAGUAGUCCUUCUGUCCCUUAAGCGUGUUGAGGUAACAUUCCAGUGUCUCUGAACAACCUGGUAGCACUUCUUUGUGUUCUUCCCUGUGCUCUGGUCAACUCACUUGCAGAACGAGGUGGAGGCAGCACGGGAGCAGGCUGGCAGCUGUACCAGCUUGGUACACAUUUGCCAUUUGAACUCUGGCCAGGCUUUUUAAAAAUACUGUGAUUUUUGUUGAGAGGUAGAGGGACAAAUCUUUUGAUUAGAUAAAAAACUCUUUCCCUACAAAUUUUUGUCUUCCUUUUUAACAAGUGUUUUAUUUAUUUAUUUUUACCUGCAUAUUACUUGUAAGGAAUAAGACAGAAAAAUUCCCUUUGACAUGUAGGUAAGCUAUACCCUGUUAUCUUUCUGAAAUAAUGCCAACAAUUACUAAAUUAGUCUAGUGAUCACAGACUUGAUACCCCUCCCAAGGAAGGGUCAGAUGUUAGGAGGCAGCUUUGGGAGAAUGCUGGAGCACAGAAAGCAUCUGAAGCUGGGCGGAUGUUUUUCUCUGAAUUUUUAAGCUUGAAAGAUCCACAUCCUCACUUGGUAUUUUAAAUAGGAAUCCAGUAGCCAGCUUUACACUAGAGUGGGUUCUGAGACAGAAGUCUUAUUUUCAACAUUAUUUAAUGUUGUAAAUGAUCAAGAAUUAUAGGAUGACCUAUAUGUGUGUGUUUGGAGCACUUACCUCGGUUUCCAUGAAAUGCUAAGUAUAUCCUAUGUAUUAACUGCUACAGGACGUAGACAGUAUUUGCUAAGGAUGAUCGAAUCCUGACAUUUCAGAUCUGUGAACAGUGAUUAAAACACUAAGGAUUUUAUGCUGCAGAAAAAGGAGUUAAUUUUCCUAGCACACUGGAUUUGAAUUUCUUUCCUGGUGUUUUGUCUAAAAUGGUACUAGUGUUUACAGAAGAAAAAACAAUUUUUUAUAUCUCUGAUCUCGUUUUCCUCCACUUAAAAAUAUGUUAGGUUUUCCUCAUUUUAUAAGAUUACUAAUCACGUUUUAUGGGUUGAGAUCCUUAACCUUCUUCACUGCAGGUGGGAGGGGAGAUCCUAAAUUCUUCAGUUCUAACUCCUGAAAUUACGUAUUCACAUACCAUCAAUGCAAAUUAACGAUUGCAUAUUUUUCUCUAUUAGAGAAAAUCCUAUGUAGAGAAUUUUCUAGUUCUCCAAAUAACUUUCUAAAGCCAGGCAUCUGCUGUGGCAAUCUCUAUAUUAUAUCAGUUGAAAUGUUCUCUACAUGCCAGUAUAUAAGAGCAAAUCGGAGAAGCUGCUUGGGGAGGCGUCUGUCAGAGACAGACUGUUGGAAGCACUAAUCACAGGACAGAUGAAGCAGACACUGUUUACAGGGCAGGCGAGUGAUGGAUGCUGUAAUCACUCCAGUGAAUUGUAGUCACAUCCAGUCCACUAAAGAGAUGACCAUGAAUGGUGUAUACAGUUUUUAUUUUUUAUUAUGCAUGAUUUUGUAUAUAUGGCUAUUUUUCUUUCCGUAAAAAUGGUAUUAAAUCGUAUAUACUGUUUUGUAUCCUACAUAUUUCAUAUAGAAGUAUAUUGUUAACAUUUUCCCAUAUCAAUAAAUAUUCUUCUAUGGCUUAA